UGUGCCUCUGGGAUUAGGAGGCUGGAGAGGGGGACCUGCGUCCCCGCGGCUACCACGUUUCCUCCAGGCUUGGGGGAGGCCCAGGACAAGACCCUGCACCUGGGCCGCCCGCCCCUGCACAGCCGCGUGCUUCGGGGCCUUGGAUGCUCCCGGAACCCCCGCGGGCGGGGCCCGCCUUCCGGAGCCGGGUUGGCGGGCGGCGCUGGGGAAAGGGCCGCUACUUUCCCAGCGUGGCGGGGCGACGUCAGGCGGAAGGGCGCGGGGCGCACACGCUUUAAAUGGCAUUCGCUGUCAUCCGAGCUCGCAGCCGUGUGGGCAGGAGCCGGCUAUAUAAGCGGUGGGCCGGGCCGCCGCGGGGCAGACGGCGACAGCAGCGGCGGCGAGCGCCUCGGAGCGCAGCGGAGCAGCAUCCCCCAGAGCCCCGUUCCCCACGACGGGCCCGCCUGCCCGCCCUCCCGAGGAGCGCCGACCCGGGCCCGCGAGGGCCGCCGCCACCCCACAGCAGAUUUGGAUCCCCCGCCCGGCGAGCCCCAGGCUGCUGCCUCCCGGGGGGCCCCGGCGCAGCGGCCGCCCCUGGAGAGCCCCGGCGCCCCGCCGCCCGGCCCCGAAGACACGGGCAGCGCCAUGGCGGCCGCCAAGCCCAGCGAGCUGAUGGGCAUCUGCUCCAGCUACCAGGCGGUGAUGCCGCACUUCGUGUGCCUGGCCGACGAGUUCCCGCAGCCCGUGCGGCCCGCCAAGCUGUCCAAGGGCAAGGGUCGGCUGCGGCGGCCGCGCCAGUCCCGCUUCAAGACGCAGCCGGUGACCUUCGACGAGAUCCAGGAGGUGGAGGAGGAGGGAGUGUCCCCCAUGGAGGAGGAGAAGGCCAAGAAGUCGUUCCUGCAGAGCCUGGAGUGCCUGCGCCGCAGCACGCAGAGCCUGUCGCUGCAGCGGGAGCAACUCACCAGCUGCAAACUGAGGAACAGCCUGGACUCUAGCGACUCCGACUCGGCCCUGUGAGGGGCGCCGCCCGCAGCCGGGACACACGCGCCUCGGAGGCCCGCCGGCGACCGGCGUUCGAACCCGAGAGAGCCCGCGCCCGCCUCCCCGGGGCCCAGGAAGACCGGGAACCAGCGCCCCUCGAGCACUUGGACCUUCGCUCGGCUGCGAACUGGUUGGGGCGCCUUGCGCCGCGCCGCGCUCACCCUCGGGCGACAGGGAGGGGGGCCGCUUUCUUUGCCCUUGUAAAUGUUUAUUUUUAAACUCCUUCCAGUACGAACUCUGCUGUGAGUGUGUGCGGGGACGCGCCCGCGCCGAGUCGCCCCGGGUCACCAGGGCUUCUCGGAGAGCAGCUCCACGCCCUUGUCCGAUGGUUGCAACUCCGACUUUGCACACCGCUCCACCGUGCCCCCCAGCGCACUCCCGUUCACACUCACGCCGACACACUCUCGCUGAACACUUUUGUAAUUGUUAGGCUCGGCCGAUGGGACUUGGAGCGCAGCUCAGUUGCUGCUGUGGCCGAAGGAUUGAUAUUUAUUUUUGCAUUGCGAUGGCUGACGGCGUUUAUUUAACGAUCUUUUUACCUGAUAUGUCUGUGAGGCUCCCGAACGGAGACAAAUAAAGUCAAUAUAUUUGCACAGUG